CUGCUGACGAUAAAGUGUGUUUCGUCCAAUGUGACCGUGCGAGUUCUGUUAUCUCAUUGUGCAGCAUUUGCUAUUGCUUUGCAUUAUUAUAGUCCUUAAGUUUAUUUCAUACUUGAGCGGCCAUUGAGACAAGCAAAACAUUGGUGCCCGCACUUAGCAUAAAAAAGAUGUCACUGACAAUAAAGAAAAUAAGUGAUCCCUUGGAGCUGGGCGAGGGUCCGCAUUGGGACGACCGGCAGCAAACUUUGUUCUUCGUGAACAUCUUACAGGGUUACAUUCAUAAGUACGUACCGGCCACCGGGGAACACACGAAGACUAAGCUCGAUGGGUCUGUAGGUUUCAUAGUACCAGUUGAUGGCACCACCGAUCAGUUUUUAAUUGGUUUGGAUAGAAAAUUCGUAAUAGUGCAGUGGGACGGUAAGGAGGGUACUGCGUGUAAGAUUGUCCGUGAGCUUGGCGCCGUUGACUCGAACGUCGUGCCCAACACCAGGAUAAAUGAUGGCAAAGCUGAUCCACGAGGGAGGGUGUAUGCUGGCACGAUGGGCUAUGAAGAUCGUCCAGGACACAUAGUCCCAAACCAGGGCUCACUGUACCGCGUUGACAAAACGGGGAUACACAAGAUGUGCAGCGAAAUCGGAAUUUCUAACGGUCUCGCGUGGGACCUCGCGCGGAAUGCGUUCUAUUACACUGACAGCAUGGAGCGAAAAAUCAGGAGAUACGACUAUAACGGCGACACGGGAGAGAUUUCUAAUCUGAAAUAUAUAUUCGACUUGGAAAAGAACAAAAUUAAUGGCAUACCGGAUGGCACCACUAUAGACACCGACGGUAACUUGUGGGUGGCGGUGUUCAAUGGAUCUUGUGUUAUAAAAAUCGACCCCACCAGUGGAAAGUUACUUCAGAAGGUUCCCAUUCCAGUACCCCAAGUGACCUCAGUGACCUUCGGCGGUCCGAACUUCGAUGUAUUAUUUGUGACCACGGCGAGUUUGAAUAUAGAUGGUGUUCAGGAGCCGCCCUGCGGUUCUACCUACAUGGUCACUGGACUGGGGGUGAAGGGUCUACCUAACAUGAAUUUUAAAUGUUGAUUUGAUAGAUUUAAGCAUUUCAUUUCUUUAUGAAUUCGUAAUAAAUUUUUCGUCCUAUUGA